UGGCGACACGCCUCUACUCGAGUCUAAGUCCAAAGCACUCACUCCACUAUCCUUCUUACUGCACAAGGCCAGUUACAUAAGCCAAGCUCGCGCCGUCGUCAGCACAGCGCUCCUGCGAUCUUCCCAGGAAGCUACCGGGCUCGUUAGCACUGCGCCUGUCGUGUGUUGCAAUUUGACCUGACCAGUUCGGAUGGGUAGCUAAUCUUCAAGCCUUUUGCCGCCUGGUCUCAACCACUCGCAUAUCAUAUCCCAAACUAUAGAAACUGGUGCAACGAUUCGUCAACACGCGGCUGCAAGAACACGUCACCUUCCAACAUAAAAGGCUCGAGGCGGAGUAGCCAGCCUAGCAAGAAUUUUCCUCCACACAGGAUCAGGUACUCAGGUUGAAGUAGAGAUCGAGCUCGGAGACGCCAGCCGAUCGGCCGGCCACCUCCCCAUGGCCGGCGGGAGGAAGCGGGAGUGGCUGCGGAAGAAGCUGGCGAUGGCGGCCCCGACCGGGGGGCGUGGGCAGCAGCAGUCGCCGUCGCCGCGGUGGACGCUGCGCGUCCGGGCGCUGUCCGCCGCGCUGCGCCGGCGGAGGCUCGGGACUGGCGGCCUUCCGCGCGUCGACUUCUUCCAGAUCCUGUACGAGAACGUCGUCUUCCACCUGCUGUGGGUGAUUGAGUCCAUCAUCGUCCUCGCAAAGCUCUGCUUCUUCUUCCUGCGCUUCGGCUUCCGCUUGUGACAAGCCUGGACCAAGAUCCAUCGUGCGCUUCGGCUUCAUGUCUUAGGAUCGAUCGUCAGUUCUUGCACUCCAAAUGAUGUAUUUGCCCCCCUUUUACGUCUGUCAUGCGUGCAAUCGAACAUGUAAAUACACAAAAAGUAAAACGACUUGUCGCCUGGUCAGAGCCUACCAUAGCUUUUUCAUGGAUUUUUCCCAAGAUUCACAUAGUAAUAGACUACUGAAUGACACGGUAAUGGAUGAGACACGAUCUUGGUUAUGGAUGAGACACAGUCUGGGUAUUGGAUGAGACAGUCUUGGCAAUGAGUUAGCAAAGCAGGCGAAAUAAGCCAGGCACGCAGUGCUGGUGAUGUAAAUCUUGGCUCCUCUUUUGCUUCCUCGAAAAUUAAUGGUGCUGCUGUGUUAGAUA